AAUUAUCAUAUUAAUUAACUGAGUUAAUAUUAAGCGAUUAUACAAGUAACAGUUAUCCAAGAACAUUCAAAGGCCAUCUCUUUUUAAAGUUAAUGAUGACAAUGUCAUUGUCAAGUAAUGUUUACAUAUCCAUACCAGUGAGAAUUUUACUACACCUAAUUUGCCGUGUAAAGACAGAAAAAGUAGGGAUAGCCGUAAAAUAUUUGCGCCUACAAUCUUAAUGAACAAAAUGACGGAAGCAAGUAGAACAUAUGGACUGGAUAUGAACGCCAGCAAAACCAAGCUAAUGAUCAUCAGCAAAGAAAACAUAACUGGACAAAUCUCAAAUCUGUAUGUGAACCAAAUGAGAAUUGAACGUGUCUCACAAUACAACUACUUGGGAACUAUAAUCAAUGAGUAGUGGGACAAUACCCAAGAGAUUAAAUGUAGCAUCGAAAAGGUCGUAUUUUUCUACUUUCAAGGUCAUAACCUAAAACGAAUUAUGAACACUUUGGAGGAUACAAAACUUCAUUAUGAAAAUUGUCCAGAAAAAGAUUUCUAUCCGGAGGUUACUUCUAAACUGUACAAAAAGAUUGGAAGAAAGUACACUCUCAUAUUUUUUAUGAUGGCACACGCAACUCUAACAUCAUCGUACCUACCACCUUUUCUUGCUACCCUACGCUAUGAAGAAAACAAUCCGGAAAGAAUGCUACCUGAUAGACUUCCGUAUUAUAGUUGGAUGCCUUUUAGAUUUGAUACAGCUGGCACCUAUUUAAUAGCCCUUGGAUAUCAGGCUAUACCUAUGUUUUCAUAUGCUUAUAGUAUUGUUGGAAUGGACACAUUAUUCAUGAAUAUAAUGAACUGUGUGGGCAUGAAUCUUGAAAUCAUCCAAGGUGCAUUUCUUUCCAUUCUUCCAAGAGCGGAGAAGAAAAUAGACGGUCCAUUGUUAACACCGGACGGGCUACACAACACCGAAGAACUAAGUAUUACUUUAAGAGCGGAAAUGAAGAAAAUAUCGCAGCAUUUGCAAGUUGUUUAUAGAGUUUGUGAGGAACUAGAAGAUAUUCAUAAAUAUUUAACCCUUGCGCAAGCUACAGCGACAUUAUUUAUUCUUUGUUCUUGCUUAUAUUUAGUAUCAAUGACACCUUUUGGAAGUAAACAGUUUUUAGCAGAAAUCGUAUACAUGAUAGCCAUGGGUUUUCAGCUUGCAUUGUACUGUUGGUUCGGUAAUGAAGUGACACUUAAGGCUGACAAAAUGCCCUUUUAUAUCUGGCAAUGUGACUGGUUAGCUGCAGAUAAGGAGUUUAAAAUGUCUAUGAUCCUUAGCAUGGCCAGGGCCAAAAGACCACUCUAUUUGACGGCCGGAAAAUUUGCACCGCUUACUCUACCAACAUUUGUAGCAAUUGUAAAAGCGUCCUAUUCAUUCUUUGCUGUUAUUAAAAAUACAAGUGAUUAACUAAAUCUGGAAGGAAAAUAUUAAGAUGUCAAAAGUUACUUCUUAACUACAUAUUUAAAUAAACAUUUAUUAUAUCAA